GGUAGGCACACGCGGGAGAGCUGCCAGCAAGCUGGGUGAGAGGCAGCGGCACAGCGAGCCCCAGGGAGGUAACGUGCACGCGCCAACAUGGUCUCCGUGGGGCUCCAGCUGGUGGGCUACACCGUGGCCUUCCUGGGCUACAUCGGCACGCUGAUAACCACGCUGCUGCCCAGCUGGAAGAUCAGCUCCUACAUCGGGUCCAGCAUCGUGACAGCCGUGGGCUUCACCAAGGGGCUAUGGAUGGAGUGUGCCACAUACAGCACGGGCAUCACCCAGUGCGACAUCUACAGCUCCCUGCUCAACCUACCCACCGAUGUCCAGGCAGCCCAGGCCCUGAUGGUGAGCUCCAGCGCCGUCUCCUCCCUCGCCUGCCUCAUCGCCAUCAUGGGCAUGAGGUGCACCAUCUUCAUGCAGGGCUCGCCGGCCAAGGACAGGGUGGCAGUGAUGGGUGGUGUGGUCUUUGUGCUUGGAGGGCUGCUCUGCUUCAUCCCUGUGGUCUGGAACAUCCACGUGGUGCUGCAGGAUUUCUACAACCCACUACUCCCUGACAGCACCAAGUAUGAGAUCGGUGAGGCGCUCUACCUGGGCAUCAUUUCUUCCCUGUUCUCCCUCAUCGGUGGCUUCAUCCUCUGUGCCUCCUGCCCUCCCCGGGACUCACCAGACACCUACCACGGCACCUACCAGCCGCGGCUGCUGGUGGGCAAGAGCCCCCGGCCCUCCAUGAGCCAGACGCAGAAGACCAAGAGCGAGUUCGGCUCCUACAAACUGACGGGAUACGUGUAGAGGGUCCCCAGAGCUGCCCCGAUGGCAAGGUGGGAACCUGGCCACCACCUGCCCAGCUUUGCGAAACUUCUGGGCUGGUGCAAAGGGCGGUCGGUAAGAGGAGAGUCUGCAGCACCGUCUCUCGUGCUCAGCUCUCUCACUCGCACACGUGUGCUCAGGGGGUUUCAGUCUGCUCUCCCCGCCGCUCCCCAAGAGCCUUGCUACUGUUUUAGAGAUCCCAGCUGGUUACCUAAGUUGGUGAAAGACCCCAGAUUCGACUGCUGUUACCUGCUUGGCGUGGCGCUGUCGGCUUGCGGGGAGCGCCGCUCACGAGCCUUGGCGGGUGGAAGAGCGGCGACGCCGCGGCCGCGCCGCGGGCAGACCCCAGCCGCGCGGGCACGGCAGCCCCAGCAA